AUGUCCGAGACUGCACCCUUGGACCAGGUUGAACCUGGCCCAGCUUUCAUGGGGAAGCCUACAGUCAAGAAGCGAGGGAGGAAACAGAAGGACGUGGCGGGUGUGAAUCGCAAGACUCCAAAUCUGUCCGUGUCCAAGCUUAUCACUGAGGCUUUGUUGGUUUCGCCGCAGCGAACCAGUAUGUCGUUGGUCGCGCUCAAGAAGACACUGGCGGCCGCGGGCUAUGACGUGAACAAGAAUAACAGCCGUAUCAAAGUGGUGCUCAAGAGCCUGGUGCGGAAGGGAACCCUGGUGCAGACGAAGGGCAGCGGCGCCUCUGGUUCCUUUAAGCUCAGCAAGAAGGCAGCUGCCCAGCUCACCAACGUCAAGUCCAAGAGGACCGCUUCCACUAAGUCCAAGAAACUGGCCUUGUCCAGGGAGUCCAAGACUCCGAAGAACACCAAGAGCAAUAAGACAGCCCAGAAGCCAAGAGCGACAGCAGCUCAGAAAGCUGCCCGGGGCGUCUGGAAGGCUGCCGGCGCCAAGGGCAAACCCCCGCGUAAGAGCCCGGCCAAGGCCCGGGCGGGCAAGCCGCGCGCCGGGAGGGCGCCGUUGACACAGCAGAGGGCCAAUCCUAGGAAGGGAGCACCUAAGAAGUAA